AUGCAGCUCAUCCGUAUUGCCGGUGCCAUUGCCCUUGUGCCUGCGGUGUUUUCAUCAUCUCCUUUGAGCACCGAUCUCUUUGCACGCGAUGACGAUCGGGGCAAUGAGACUAUUUCUGGACUUGGGGCUCGAAAGCAGGCUGUAUUCGGCGCUGGUGGCAACACCCGUGAUCUCGCAAUCGCCAUGUUGGAGACGAAAACAAUGACUGCGGAUUACACCUAUGGUGAUGGAAAGACAGGUGACGCCACAAACUUUGGCAUAUUCAAGCAGAACUGGUACAUGCUGCGAACUUCCGCAUCUGAUUUCCUUGGAGAGACCGUGGACCAAGUUGCUGACGGCGCUAUUUUGAACUCCAAUCUAGAAAAGGAUGUCAAAGCCCGCCAUGAUGGUGAGGAUCAUUAUGAUUACGAUGUUUGGUUUGCUGGUCACCGUGAUGGAACGUCCGGUGUUCAGAAUCCAAACACACCAGAUAUCAAUGCAUACAAGGAUGCUGUGGCAUGGAUCCAGCAGCAAAUCGAGAGUGACACCAAAUAUCAGUCUGAUGAUACACGUUUCUGGGUUAAUGUCCAAGCAAUUUAG